AUGACAGCUGCCGAGUCUCGUGGAAUGGAUUCCGAAGUCACUAAGCAGAAUGAUACUUCAAUGAAGGAAGAGAGCAAAGAUAUCCAGUCAGCUAGAAAUCAGGAAAAGGGACGCGCUCAGAAGUCUGAUGCUGCAGAUGCUUCAUGGUUUAGAGAUGUGGAUGAUAGACACCUAUCUGAGAAAGAAAUAUUUACCACUGGGUUCGGUGGAGCUGGCCUUUCUGAGGGAGUUGGUCUUAGUGCUGUGGGUAUUCCAGGAUGUGGAAGAGCUGUUGAACGUACAGCACAACAACAGGCUAUGCAAGCGACAUCACAGGACAUUAAGGAGCCUCAAGACACUGUUAGAAGAAUGUCUGAGUCAAAAAUGUACGACGAUGAAGUAAUGCCUAGUGGUUGUGAAAAUACAGGAAUACCUGGAUUUAUGAAGAAUGCUGAAGCGGUGCCCGGUGAAGGUGUUGCACCCACUGCUGGUAAAGCAAGACGUUUGCAUAAAACAUGGACAAUUCCUGGCGGUGAAAAGGCGGCCUAUGGCGCUGCUGCUACGGGUACUGGUGCAGGAGCCAUGGAAACAACUGGUUAUAGUACCGAUAUACGUGAUAAAGGUGUUUUUGGUAAAGACCUCUAUCACCAAGAUGUCACUGAUAUCCAUACAAAGGGACCCGGCAUCAUCCAUGAUGAGGAACACAUUAUAACUCCCCGCGAUAAGGAAUAUGGUAAAUACGCAUACAGUGAUCGUUCUACAGGUAGAGGAUCAUUUGAUGACACUUCAUACGACAUUUAUGGAAGAACCACCGGUGCUGCUAUCGGUAAGCAAAAUGCAGGUAAAAAUGUUGGAGGUUUUGGUUCUGGGACCUCUGGAAAGCAUGCAGCUGAGCACGCCAAGGAUCUUGGACAACAGAACAUUGCCCAAACUGAAGGUUCGCAUACUCCAUCCAGGCACAAACCUGAUACCCAAGAUAAUACUGGUUAUGGCAAAGGAGAUGGUGCAACUGGUUUUAGAGCUAGAGAUGACUACGGGAAAGGUACUAUUUUUGGGUCAUCAGGUGCGGGCUGGCACGACGACGGAAUUUCACAAGAUCGGAGUGCUCCAACUGACACUCAACAAUCACCUGGCUGGUCAGGCACUACUUCAGGUAUUGCUACCGGUGCAGUGGCUGGCACAACCGGUGCUGGCGUGAAAAAUACCAUGGGUGCAAAUAAAGGUACACUUGGCACUAAUAAAGGCGUCACAGAAGCUGGUAAAGACAUGAAUGUACAAAAUGUACCAGGAGGGUUAGAUUAUGGCGGAAACGACAUGUUUGGAGAAUUGCACCAUGGCUUCGCCCAAGAACCUGGCUAUGUGCCACAUAGACAAGAGGUUAAAGCUGGACCAAAACCGUUCAUCAAAGGGCCCGCCGUCGCUAGUGGCCUUGGUGCUGGAGCAGCUACAGCAACUAAGGGUAUCCAGAAAAGAAGAGUUCAAAAUGAAACCGGGCCAGAGACUAAUUCUAGUGGGAUUAGCAACUCCAGCAUGCAAGAAAUGCGUGGAGGUAGCAUCCCUAUUGGGACGUAUCUUGGAGGACCUUCCAUUCCAAUUCGAGCAAAUGGGGCUGUAUGGCAAUCAGGACAACCAUCUAAGCAUGUAGACACAAGAAGUAAAACGUCAAAAGCGGAGCCCGAUUGGGGAACCCGUCAACAUAUCCCUGGGUCAGCUGGAUUUAUUGGUUUCAAUGAAAAUGCAAAUGUGCCCCUCAAGUCUAAAAAGGAAGCAGAAAGCUUGGUUGGUAAGCAUCAGCUUUCGAAACAGUAUUUGCAGAAAUACCCUAGUUCAGAGCACGGGCAUUAUGGACAACAGGUAGAACCUAUGUUAAAAACAGGCCCAGAAGAAGCAAAACCAUUUGUCGUUCAACAGGAAUUCCAGAAAAAACCUCAGAGCAUGCAUCCAGUCUCUCAACAAAAGCCUUACUCGAGUGCAACACAAGGAGCUGCUAUUGGAGCUGCUGCUGGAUCUACUGGUACUGCUACGCUUGGUCAAAAGGAAGCACCCCGUGUGCAGCAUCAGGCUUGGAGGGAAGAGAAGGUGGUGACAGAGCCUCGUGGCAACUAUCAUCCUAGGGAAGAACAACAUCAAGGUCAACAGAUAAGUCAACAAGCACCACAUUCUCAGCAACAAGAAUAUGCGAAAGAUUAUUCUCAAGAGCAUAGGACUCUGGACCCUGGGUAUCAACAACGCACGAAGAAGCAAGGUAGAUCGAGAGGCUCAAGAGAACAUGAGGAGCUCUCUGCUAGAAGAACAAAGAGUAUUGGAUCAGAACAUGCAGAUGUGUAUGCCUCUCAAGUUGGAAACUAUCCAAGCCUAGUUGAUCCAAAUGUGAGCACCUACGGAGCCCAGACCCAAGCAAAACCCUUUACAAAAGAGCCAUUACAAUCAAAAUUGAAGGGCGAUUAUACUUUACAAGGUGCUGAAUCAGGUGGCGCCUAUAAAACACUUGGCCCUGGUUCCAAUGCUUCCGGCGCAGGGCCCACAGACACUUCUGCACACGAUGCAGCCGCAUACGAUUACAAUAAACGUCUUGGAGAGACCGAGGCCAUCCCUCGACAAUACGCCAAUGAAGAGGAGCCCACAACACAGGAAAAAAAGCCUGGUAUUAUCAACAGAAUAAGAAGAAGUAUAUCCAGAUCCUAA